GUUGAUGCUUUCCCAAGUUUCCCUCAGGCAAAUGUAGCACAGUACCUAAAAGCACCUAUGCAAUCAGUAGGUGAAUCUAGUAACACAUCGAACCAUUAGGGUUUUCCAUCAGUGGCAGAAGGUGGGCUUAUUGGGGAUGCUAUGGAAAUUAACUUGAGGUUCCUUAUCAUAUCAGAGUUCCCGAGCUGAGGCUUCGUUGCCCAUACCAUGCACAGCUCCCAAUCGAGCAUCUCACGCCCGAAUUAUUGCGGUAGCCAGUGACGAUCCAGCCUCGUGCUGCUGUUUCAGUUAGGCGGCCGGGUGUGUGUGCUGGGUAGCAUAGUCUCUCGCUCUUCCAUUUCCUGUAGACGUUCUUUUUAUUUUUACGGACAUUUGCUGUUUUAUCCUUAGACUGACCCGGGCCUGUUUCUCCACCCGGAUUCUCGCUGCUUCCCACAGCUCAUAAGGCGUUAAACGAGCCAUUGGCCUCGUCAAGGUUAGUUGCCGUGCGGCAUGGCUGAGGAUCUGGUGACAGAUCCGGACAUGGCUCCGGAAGAUGGGGCCCGAGCCGGAGCGGAGCCGGACCGGCGUGUCGAGGAGAUCACGGAGGACCAAGAGAUUGACUUUGUCACCCUGGGCAUGUUCAUCAUCGAUGAAAUCGAAUUUCUUCCGCCGAAACCGCCAGUGCACGACGUCCUCGGCGGCGCCGGUUCCUAUUCAGCGCUCGGCGCGCGUGUGUUCUCACCACCCCCUUCAUCCAAGACCGUCGGCUGGAUAGUCGACCAGGGCUCCGACUUCCCUCCCUCCAUCACCUCGCAGAUCGCCGCCUGGCAAACCUCGGCCGUCUUCCGCCACGACCCCUCGCGCCUCACCACGCGCGGGUGGAACGGCUACACCGACGCGUCGGAGCGGCGCGCCUUCCGCUACACCACGCCCAAGAAGCGCCUGACCGGGGAGGAUCUCACCCCGCCCUUGCUCCAGGCCAAAGCCAUCCACCUGAUCUGCAGCCCGCUCCGGUGCCAGGAACUGGUCUCGGACAUCCUGGCCCGGCGGAAAGAAGCCUACCUCGCCCACGACCCCGCGGGGGAGGGCUACACGCGGCCGCUGAUCAUCUGGGAGCCGGUGCCGGACCUGUGCGUGCCCACGGAGCUGCUGAACUGCACCAACACGCUGCCGCUGGUCGAUGUCUGCUCGCCCAACCACGCCGAGCUGGCCGGCUUCAUGGGCAGCGACGGCCUCGACCCGGACAGCGGGCAGGUAAGCGCGGCCGCGGUGGAGCGGCACUGCGAGCAGCUGCUGGCGAGCAUGCCGCUGCAGAGCUACACGCUGGUGGUACGAGCCGGUGAGAGGGGCUGCUAUAUCGCGCGGAACGGCGGGCGGAAGAAGAAGGUCGCGGGCACUGGCGGCGGCGGCGGCGGUGGUGGUGGGGACGCGGGCAAAAAGAAGCGCAAGAAGGAGUAUGUGCGCGGCGGGCUCCGGCCGGACACGGACAUGGAGGCGCUCUUUGCGGGGCUGUUGCAGGACGAGGAAGGGUGUGUGGCGAGGGAGGAGAUCGAGAUCGACCCGGGGAUUGAGAAGUGGGUGCCGGCGUACUACGGAAAAGGCGGGCCGCGCGAGGAGGAGGCGGCCGAGAAGGUGGUUGACCCGACGGGCGGAGGAAAUACCUUCCUCGGUGGCCUGGCGGUUGCGCUGGCGAGAGGGAAGGCGAUCGAGGAGGCCUGCGCGUGGGGGCAUGUGGCGGCCAGUUUUGCCAUUGAACAGGUUGGCGUUCCGGUUCUGUCUGUAGAUGAGGAGGGAAAGGAAACAUGGAAUGGCGUCGGCGUGGAAGAAAGGUUACGGGAGUUUCAAGAGCGGCUUCAAGCUGAGUCGUAA